CUGUAUCGCUAACAACAUAAAGAGGUUUCGCACGAAUAAUGGAGUAGAUUCUGAUUGUUGAAUCUGUAGAAAACUACGUUUCUAACACCUUCAAUAUGUGACAUGUUCUUACCGUGUAAAAUGAAAUUGUGUCUAGAAAGAUAAACGGUUAAUGUACAUAUGUAUGUACAUAUUUAUGGACCUAUACAAUAACCAAAGAAUAUACGUUUCAAAGUAAUUGUGCAUCACUAUUGAAGGAUGAAUCAGCUGCCGAAUAUGACAAGAUUUCUGAAAGAAGACGAUGAUACAGAUUUUACACCCUCUGCAGGUUCAAAUUUAGCUGCUAUUUUUGGUUCAAAGCAAAAAAAGGACCAUGAUAUGCAAGUUCCACAAAAAAGGCAGUCCACGGAGUCUUCUGCACAAACUAGACCAUUCCCAAAACCAGAAGUUAUUCUAGCAAAGGCGGUACAUGCAUAUAAAUUAUCACAUGGCCAUUACAAAUCAGUUGGAAAACUGGGUAUUGCUUUGAUUGGAAAUGAAUUAGCAAAAGACUUUCAAUUAAUAUUAUACAAAGGCCAGCAGAAUCAUAUAUCUUUUGCUAAUAUUGUGCCUGAUUUUUCAUAUACUGUGCAACCUAAUAAUUAUUCAACUUAUUAUGAUAAGAACAGAGAUAACUGGUCCAUUUUAUUUGAAAACAAUGAAGCAUGCCAAGAAUUUGCAAGGGAGGUAUGCUUGUCUAAAUACUUCUCAAGGAAAGAAAGAAGGGAUGACAUAGAAAUGUAUCAAGAUUUAAUAAUCACUGACAAAGAUGUCAUUGUAAAUGAUGGAGAUAAAAUUUCAAUUAGCUAUGCUGUUUCUACAGAUAUUGCACAACCCAUCAAAAUGCAGAACACUCCAUUGCAAAUUGUUAUCGAAAUGUCGGCGCAAAAUAACUGGGAGAAAUUACUUUUAGGUAUGAGCAAGAAUCAGAAAAAGUUUAUAAUCAUUCCUCCUUGCAAGCAGGUGGGCCUUGGUCCUGGAUUUCCAAAAGAUAGAGAUAUUGCUUUAGAAGUUACAUUAAUGGAUAUAUUACCAAAGGAAGAUUCUCUCACAUCCCAAAUAUCUGCUUCUCCAAGUGGCACAACAUCAAUUUUGUCAAGAAUAGCAGAAAUGAAACAGUCAAUGCUUCCUAAAUUGCCUAUAUCUGCAUCAACAGACUCUGAUGACACUGAAGAUGAAGUACAGCGUAAAUCAUUUCCAUCGCAAAGGAUAGAACCGCUAGAAUUACCAAUACAGAAAAGGCACUCUCGUUUAAAUGAAAAGCUUUCGAAGCUACUGCAGCAUAAAGUACAGGAAAGAUCAAAUCCUGUAGAUAUAGAAUCGGAUACAUCUACUGUUGCUCAUCGAGCUUUAAUUUCAACUCAACAUGUGUCAUCACAGUGGCCUACAAGUCAAAUCCAGCCACAAUAUGUAAAUGUCAAUGGUCAAUUGUAUCCUAUGCAGCAGCAUUCAAUUGCUCAACCGAUAACAGCAGGAUUGGAUCCAACUUUAAAUAUAUUCUUAUCAGAAACAAGAACACAAAAUGCUGAAAUUCGAAUGGGAAUGUCCAAAAUUGCAGAUAAUGUUCAGAAACUUCUUGACAAGUUUCAUGAUCUUGAAAUGCAACAUGCUUUAUCUCCAACAAGUGAGAAAAAUAUGGAAAAUACACUAAAGUUGUUACUUCAUACGAAAAUUUCUGAAAGUAAAAAUGAUGAUAAUGAAUUUUCAAGAAAUGCAUCUUCCAGUAAAACUCUUUCUAGCGAAGAUUUAUCCAUGUUAAAUCUUCAGUUAAAGAAAACAGUACAGACUUUGAAGGAUGAAUUAGAACAAACAAAUGAAUCAGUAGUUAACUAUAUACAACGUUAUAAAGAUAUUGAAAAGGAAAAAAAUAGUAUAGAAGAAACAAAUAUUCAGUUGAGUGAAACGAUUAAGCAGCUUAAGUUGUCAUUAGAAGAUAAACAGAAUUUGCUUGAGAAGAUGACAACAGACCUUAAAACAAAUAAAGAUCUUGCAGAUAAUUAUCAGAAACAAGUAACUGAUAUGACAAGAAAAAUUGCUGAACUAAAUUCUGCAUGUUCAUCAUUGAAGAAUAGUUUAUCAGCCGUUAAUGAUAGGGAAAGCAAUGGUAAUGAAAAAUCCAGGGAAAUAAAGAAAAUUAUGAAUGAAACGUAUCAAACAUUGUUAGCUGCAUUCACAGAAAACUCUUAUUCNUAUGCACCACCUCCUAUACCACCUCUGGAUUUGGAUCCUGAGAGCGAAUGGAGAUCGUAA